AUGUUGGCGCGAACACCGACAAUCGACACNCACGCCACAUGCCGUCAGUGGACGCGCCGUCAAAAUGGCUGCCAGUCUGCCAGAUGUGGUCGACUCGGAGAAUAGCGCUUCAACGAACAUACAAAACGUGUUGGCAGCGCCGCUGGUUCAGUCCGCCUCGACGCGAACCGCCACUGUUAGCGCGUCAACUACGUAUCACCGCGGCAGUGGCAGCAGCAAUCGUAACAGCACGUCCUCGCACAUAAAUCACAAGAGUGCAACCACAUUUGCGCAUUCGCAUGCCAGUAGUCACAUUAGCGAUGGCGUUGGCAUAAGUGACACAGUUAUGCUGGACACGUCCGCACCGGCUGCCAACGGUGAUAUCGAUGCCGACGCCGAUGUAGAGGAAAAAUUGCUGCCCUUCCAAACGGUGAUCUAUCACAACACCAAGGAAGGUCAUGGCCCGCAAUCUCGAUCGAUAUCGUACAGCUCGUUAUCGCAAAAUGUCGAUGAUUUGCAUACAUGGCGGCACUCGGGCAUUUUGGCCGAAGCACAACGCAAUGUCAGCGAGAGCUUAACGCCUAUAACGCGCGCGGAGUUGGCGCACACCUCGGAACCGGCUAAGUUCUAUUCCGUGCCAUCGAAAAUGUACAGCGAACCGUCAAAGUUUUACUCAGAGCCAGCCAAGGUUUACUCCGAGCCGGCUAAAGUUUACGGUGAGCCCGAGAAAUUUUAUUCGGAACCUGCCAAGGUGUAUGGACAACCAUCAAAGUUUUAUUCCGAGCCGGCGAAAGUAUACUCACAGCCAUCCAAAGUCUACGGCGAGCCAGCAAAAACGUAUUGGUCUCCAAGUGCCGGCGUGCCUAUCGUAACUACUUCCACCACAACCACUAGCACAACCAGUACAUCAUCAAAUUCAACAACAACAACAACGGUCCGACCGGGACGUUACAUGCCUUCACGUCGUCCGGCGAUCGUGUCACGCAUUGCUUUUGGUGAGGCACAAACUUCCACAACAGCAACACUUGCCAUCGACGAACACGCACCAGCAACAAUGCCAGUUCCCACUGCUCAUCAUCAUCAUCAAGAACACCACGCGCAUCACCAGCCGCAACACACACGUUUUCAUCCACAUGCCCAUAGUCAUGGUGCGCAAAAUUCGCCGCAUGGUGAGCAUUCUACACAUGGUUCAGCGUAUGCCCACUCGCAUUCGGCAACAGCAUCGCAACCUGCUCAACCGCAGUCACAAUCACAGUCACAUUCAGCGCAAUCGCAGCCACGUCGUGUACUCUUCAACUUAGAUAAAUUACCGUAUGAUUUAUUGAAUGCCCCAGUACAAUCAUCGCAACAUCUCUUGAAUCCCGACUUCUCGCACAGCCCACCAGCGGCUGUAACCUACUCGUCGCCCAGACAACGUCAAUGCCUGGAGUCCGCCUUCUCAGCGUCACUGUCUCAAUCAGCCUUGCAACAGCAACAGCAACUGCAGCAGCAACGUCAACAUUCAUCAUUGUCGGACCAACAUUCUAAUCAAAAUGCCAAAGGAUUGCCUAAUGGAGAUCUAGUCAAGUGUGUUUCCAAAUACAACCAGCCAUCGGCGGCAGCAGCAGCAGCAACGCCAACGGAGAGUAGCCAUCAUGGCGGCGACGACGAUGACUUGUAUACGCCGACCCCAGAGCAAAAUUACGAAAUAGAAGAAUCCGUAAGUGUUAUGACAAACGGACGAGCCCACGGUGUACAAGGCAAUUCAGCGGCGACGACAACAGCAAAGCCAUACCGCGGUGGGAUACACCAUCAACAGCAGCAGCAGCAUCACUAUCAUGGCAACGCCAACGCAAAUAGCAAUUUGGACAACAAUUACGAUGACAAUGGUGGUGGCGGAGACGAUGGUAUUGAUACGGAUGGCAGCAAAACUGGCAACGAAGACGAGGAUGCCAAAGUGGCGUAUGUAGUGGAGGGACGCAACUAUCGCAAGUAUCGCGUGGAGGAGAAGACGGACGAUGGUUUUAUUGUUGGCGAGUACGGCGUGGUGGACCAUAAUGAUGGAAAUUUGCGCGGCGUGCGUUAUACCGCCGAUUCGACCAUCAAUCGCAGUCUGAUACAAAAGGCGUUGUUGACAUUUCUUAAGCUCAAGUAGUCAAAUGGGCUUUGAGAAAAAAUGUUGGUAAGACGACAUUGUUGCAAAGAGGUGUAUGGCGUUUGGCGUUUGACGAAUGGUGUGUGGUGAGUAUUGAAUGUUUGGUCAGUUGGCAAGCAGAUAGCGCAUGGCGGAUGGCGUGGUGACAGGCGACUUUGCAAAGGUGGCAAUGUGGUGUGAGUGCGCAGGCGCCAAAGAUCAGCGUGUACGACUGCAAGCGCAUCUCCAACGUAAGCGAAAGAGAUGCGAAUUGCUGCCGCGCAUGAUGUGAUCACCGAAAUUAUUGAGCGCUUUGCGAAGUUGUGCUUGGAGACGAUUUGGCGUGUAUGUGCGAACUGAAAUUGAAACCGAUGCCAACGACAACGCCAACGUCUAUGCUAAUGGCGAUGCCGAUGCCGAUACCAUGGCGGUUAUGUGCGCCCAUUGUAGACACAGUGUCGUUGAACACAAAGUAUUUCUUGUCUAUUCCUUGUGAAUUGUUUAUUUUUAUUUUUUUGAAUUUUUAUUUUUAUGUUUUGUACUUUUGUUUAAACCCCAUUAUUUAGACAAGCUAAAAAUAUGUGAUCCAAAUCGUACUGUAGGUAGUUUAAAACGAAUACACCACUACAUUUGUAUGUAUAUAAAAAAAUAGUUUGAUAAGAAAAUUGAACA